AAAAGAAAUGUUUAUCUCUUUGCUAUUCCAAUUUAUCUAGUGAAUAUAAAACAUAUAGUAAUUCAUUCAUUAUGAAAGAAGACAUUGCUAGCUUCAUCGAUACGCUGAAGUAUCAAUUCCUGUGCUGCUAUCCGCUACACUGUAUCGACUGGGAUGCUAUACCAAAAGAACUCACAUGGGAAGAACACAAGCAGCUUAUAGAAAACACGGCGCUGCACCCACUUAAUAAAAAAUAUCCCAUUAAAAUAAGCUAUCAACUAAAUUUUCUAAAGCGCUUAUUAGAGCAGCUGGAAAAACAUUGUGACGAAGUACAUGACAUUGUGUACGAGAGCUACUGUGCUGUACAGCAACGUGUAGCUAAGGACACAACUGAAAAAUAUGCUUACAAGCACUAUGUGCAACCGGUACUCGAUGUCUCCUUUACCCUGCGCGAGUCCAAAAGCUUUGUGGCAGAAGGCACAACAGGCUUAUGCAGCUGGCAGGCUUCCAUAGCUUUAGCCGAUUAUCUGGUCCAAAAUAUUGAAUUUGUGCGUGAAAAGUGUGUACUAGAGUUAGGUGCUGGCACUGGCCUGUGUGGCAUGAUUGCGCUGCAAUGUUGCGGUGUGCGGCACAUGCUGCUAACCGAUGGAAGUCGCGAAUGCAUAGAACUUAUGAUGGAGAACGUCUUGCGAAAUUUCAGCGCAGCCCAUGAACUUACUGAUGGUGGAUAUGAAAUAAAAGGAAAUUUAUUGAAUUUAUGUGAAUUGGAAUGGGGCGCUGUCGACCAAAUGAAUUGGCCAAAUGGAUUUUCGACGGAUUUGAUAUUGGCUGCGGACGUAGUAUACGACGACACAGUAUUCGAUUCUCUAACACACGCAAUUGAUUAUGUUUUUAAAAUGAGGCAAGACAAAUGUGAAAUGUUACUUGCUGCCACAGUACGAAACGAACACACGCUUAACAAAUUUUUAAAUUUGCUUUCUACAUUGGAUUUCCAGUAUGUGGAGAAGGAUGUGAUACCUUUAAACAAGUGCAACUUCUAUUGGGAUCGGACAACACCUGUAAAAAUUUUUCAUAUUACACGUAAAAGCUAAUUAUUAAACGGUAGUUUAGAAAAGUGAAGGCAUUUAUUAAAAAAACAAUACAUUUAUUUAAAUGGUAAACUUAGUCUAACACA